AAAUUAACACCAACACAUUAUCAUCUCAAAAGAAAUAUCCCACACACAUUCACCCCACAAAAUGCUUCCCAUCAAAGAAGAAAACAAGUUUUUCUCAAGACAUCUAACAAAAGAAAGUUCAAUUUCAAACCCAUCUUUUAGAGUGUAUUAUGGAGGAAAUUCAAUAGCAGUUCCAUUUGUAUGGGAAGCUAAACCAGGAACUCCUAAACAUACAAAACACAAUUUCUCACAGGAAGAACAAAACAAACAAUAUUUCCCUCCUCUUACUCCUCCUCCUUCAUAUUACCUUAAACAACCUCAAAAUUUACCUAAUAAGAAAUCUUUUGGUAAGAAUUUUUUGGGUUUGUUCCCUAAUAAGAGUAUGCAUAGAAGGCAGACCUCUUCAGCAUCUACAUUGUCUUGCCCCUCAUCGUCGAUGUUGUUAGAUUCGAUGAUCAGGGGCACUGAAAGGAGCUCGAGUCUAAGAUCGAGUCUGGGUCUGAGUCUGAGCCGAGGUCGGAGAAGGACUAAAUCUAAUUCAGGAUCAUUGUUUGAAUUCAUGGUGAAUAGUCAAGAAGAUGAUGAUGUUAGAAGUCCUAGAUCAGUUUUGUGUUUUGGAUUUGCUGGUAGUCGGAGAAUUCGUAGUUGUUCUAUUGCUGAUCAUUAAAGGUGUGAAAGUGAUUUCAUAACAACAUGCAAUAAAUCAUACACUAAAAAAUAACCAUGUUUAAUUAAACAUGGGUUUUUUCCUUUUA